AUGGCGUCUCAGAUCCUUCCCCUUGAACUCAUCGACCGCUGCAUCGGCUCGAGGAUCACAGUGAUUCUAAAAAACGACCGCGAAUUCACGGGUGUACUUUUAGGAUUCGAUGACUUUGUCAACAUGGUUCUAGAAGACGUCACAGAGUGCCAAACGCUACCCAGUGGCGAGCGUGUCAAGACAAAGCUGCAGACGACGCUGCUCAAUGGCAACAAUAUUUGCAUCCUACUACCAGGAAGCGAUGGGCUUGACUGA